CCGCCCCGCUCCGCCCUGACGGCGAGAAGAUGGCGGCGGCCGAGGCGGCGUGGAACCGGCUGGACGUGCCGUGGCCGGCCGGCAGCCACACGGUGCCCCUGGCGGCCCGGCACCCCGCAGUGAGGGGCCUGCCGGCGCUGCGGCGCCGCUGCGGGGCGGCCGUGCAGGGGCUGUGCGGGAGAGGCCCGGCCGUCGAGGGACGCGUCCUGCGGGGCCUGCUGUACGUGUACCGCCGCAGGCUGCUCCGGCACCGGCCGUACCUGGCCCUGCAGCAGGUGGAACAAUGCUUGAAGCGCCUGUGGAAGAUGAACUUGGUGGGCAGCAUUGAAACCCUGGCAGAACUGAUUCCCAAGAAAAAUAAAUCCCAGGCCCAUGCAGAGUACUUAGUUCCCAGCCAGCCUAUGCUGGAAACGGUGGCUGUGAAGGUACUGGGAGGCUGCAAGCUCAUUCUGCGUCUACUGGACUGUUGCUGUAAAGCAUUUCUCUUGUCCGUUAAACACCUCUGUUCACAAGAAUACAUACUUUUGAACACCGUGGCUUCGGGGUUGUUGAGCCGGCUAUGGAUUCAGUACAGAUGCAUAUUGCAGAGCCUCGUCUCCUUGUAUGGUGUGCUGUCAACAUCACUGCGUCUGGUGUCUGAGACACAGCAGAUGCCUUAUAUUAAGGGGUUUGCCUUCCCGUCUGAUAUCAGAAACUUUCUUGGAGUUGACCUUUCUUCUGAGGUGAAGAAGCAAAAGGCUAAAAUGCUAACAGCAAAACGACCCACCAGCUGGAUGAAGAAGCUUUUCCCAGCCGUGCCAAAGGCAGCGUCAGAGGCUGGGAAAAAGAGGGGUUUUGUGACCUGUGCAAGUGCCGUGAAAAACUCGAGCGUCCCUACAGAUGUUGGAGAGCCAGUUCUGGUGACCAGAGAGAACAGAGGAAAGCACCUGGGGUUUGACGUGAAGAGCUUACUUAGACCAUCCAGACCUCAAACACAAGAGGAUAGAUACAUUACAUCAACACCUUUUAAAGAAAUGCCAGAAUCGCUUUCCCAUUAUAUGGCAAAAUUGCAGCACACUGGGUCUCUCGUACAGAUGUUUCAAACAGCUGCAUCUUUUGGGGAGCUGUCAGAGGCACUCAGAAAAGCUAUUCUGUGGUGCAAAGGCAACAAACUCAAACCAGCAGCUUAUUUUCUGCGUAACAAAUUGUUGAAAAGCAACCGGCUACACCAUGUGGAGGCGCAAGGAUGCAGCCUGCGGAAGAAGCUGUGCUGUGUUAAAACCUCUCUCUGCAAAUACCUCCUGUACGGCUCCCAGAGCACGCGCUGCUGGCCGAGGCAGUACCUGGGGGCACGGCUCUGGCAGAGGAAGAUGAAAUUAUCCAAGCGCUUGAAGAGAACUCAGACUGCACAGCAAAACCAGCCUGAGCUUUUUGGAGUCUGUGAGAACGGUGCUUUACUCACUGGGGGGCCUUCAGGACAGGCUGGACCUUCCAUUGCUUGUACAGCCGCUGACAAACUGAGCACACCAGGGACCCCGAAGCAGCUGCUGUUGAGAGGAAGCCCUGGCUCCGUGCAGGAAGAAGUCUCUGACAACACUGAUAUCGAUUCUAUUUUUGCUGCAAUGGGUGUCUGAUCCUGGACUGGGAGGACGAGGGGUUGCCUUUUUUCUAUGUUAAACUCUCAGAAUACUUACAGUGUUUUGGUAACUCAUACCCUAAAUUCUGCUAAGAAAAUAACUAUUUUAGUAUAUUUUUAUAAAAUAGCAUUUUUUUUAAUGAAGCAGUGUUCAAAACAGAUGAGCAAUCUUUAUCCUUUCACCUAGACUUUUCAGGAACAGCAGCUUUAAAUUAACUUUUAUUUAAAGUCCUUUCUCUGUUGCUGGACCAUCAUCCCCAGUGCAAAUAACUAGCAACCAAGGCAGAAGGCUGCAGCUGAUCAUUUGCUGCUGCCUAGGACCAAAGAUUUGUCACUUUUCCAAGUAAGUGUCAUUAUACUUUUCCUUCUUUGCCGCCUCAUACAGGCGACAGUCUUCACUUACAGUAUUACCAGUUUUCAGUGUUUGUUGUCCAGCAUUUGUUGUCCUUGUCCUGAAAUGGGGAGUUACCUGAAUCCUGCUGCUCCAGAAACGGGGCAAAACACAGACAGGGCCUAUAAAAGUAAACUUACCCGUGAACUUGUC